AUGGCUCCGUUAGCUCUCUGGGGUCUCGUCGCCGCCUUCACUGGGCUUGUGCACGCGCAACCUACGCCUCAGCUGCAAAAGCGCAUCUCUGUCGCUAUCAAGGCGGCUGGGGAGUCCAAUUCUACGGUUGUCGACUACACCAAGUUUGUAAACGUCUUCAUUGGUACGGACAACGACGGCGAUGUCUGCCCCGGUGCAUCUGUGCCAUUCGGAAUGGUAAAGUUCUCGACGGAUUUAACGGGAUAUGCUCCUGCCGGCUACAUCACCGAUCCGACCCAGACCAUUCGGGGUCUAAGUCCCAUGCACGAUAGUGGCACGGGUUCUUCCCUCGGUACAUAUGGAAACUUUGAGAUUAUGCCAAUGUUUUGCCCCGACGGAUUCAACUCGUGCAACGUGACCCUUGCUGAGCGUGAGCGAUUCAGGAAAAACCACACCGACGAUGGCUCUCCAGGAUACUUCACACAGACUCUCGACAAUAACAUCAAGAUGGAGGCCACCUCGACGCGUCGUGCGGGCCUGGAGCGGUUCACCUUCCCUGGGAAAGAGAAGCCCUAUUUCGUCCUCGACCUCGCCAACGAUCUUCCCGCGUCGUACAUGGGGGGUCAUAUGGAGAUUGAUCCUGAGGCGGGCCGGAUCACUCUUGGCGGACGAUGGGGUUCCAGUUUCGGGCCCGGUAUCUACAGCUACCAGGCAUUCGCAUGCUAUGAUCUGCUCAAUGGGGCACGCAAAAUACUUAUUUGUGCAUACAGCGAAAACUUUGAUGCAAAGGGCCUGGGUCUUACAUCGCUCAACUUGACACGCAACCUCAUUGGCGGUGUUUACGAGUCCGGUGCACUAUUCUCCUUCGAGCCAACCGAGCGCGAGAUCAUCAUUCGCGUCGGCAUCUCCUUCGUUUCGCCUGACCAGGCUUGCGCCAACGCCGAGAGCGAGGUCGGUGACGCGACCUUCGACGAUAUCAUGGCGCAGUCCAAGGCGCUCUGGAACGAGAAGCUCGGCAAGAUCGCUAUCGACCUUGCAAACACCCCGGCGAACGUAACGGAGCUCCUAUACUCUUCGCUCUAUCGCGCGUCACUCACGCCCAACAACGCGACGGGAGAGACCCAAGGGCCGUUCGCGGGCACGACCCACCCCUACUUCGACUCGCUGUACUGCAGUUGGGACACCUUCCGGACCUUCUAUCCACUCAUGUCCCUCCACUCCCCCGUCGAGUUCGCGGAGAUCGUCGACAACUACAUCGACGGCUGGCGCAAGCUCGGCUGGAUGCCCGAAUGCCGCGCGAACAACGUGCCCGGGUGGACGCAGGGUGGCUCAUCGGCGGACAACAUCGUCGCACAGUUCGCGAUGCUUUAUCACAACGAGGCGGCCGCGCUUGGAAUCGACUUGAACGAGCUGUACGAAGCGAUGCUCGCGGACGCGGAGACCAACCCUCCGGAGUGGAACACGCUCGGGAGACAGGUGAACGUGUACAAGGAGUACGGGUAUGUACCGUACGCCGUCUUGGAUCCCGACAGCGUUGGUCGUCAAACCCGCGAGGGGAGCCGUACGCUUGAGUACGCUUUUGAGGACUUCGCAGUCCGCAAUGUUGCGCUCCUCCUGGGCAAGACGGACGACGUCGCCAAGUACACGAACCGCUCCCUGUUUUACCGCAACGUAUGGGACCCGACGGUCGAGUCUGACGGUUUCAAGGGUUUCUCGCAGAAGCGCCGCACCAAUGGCAGCUUCGCCAACACCUCCCCCGUCGACUGCUCUCCAGUGGACACGGACCAGAACCGCGAGUGCUCCCUCCAGGGCGACAACAACGUCGGCUUCUACGAGUCCUCCUCCUGGGAGUACUCCUGGUUCGCCCCCCACGACACCGCGCACCUCGUCGGGCUCAUGGGCGGAAACGCGACGUUCGUCAAGCGCCUCGACCACUUCUUCGACGCCGGCUACUACCUCGCCGGGAACGAGCCCUCGUUCCAGACGCCGAUCGGGUACCACUACGUGGACCAGCCGGCCAAGUCCGUCGACCGCGUCCGCGAGGUCGUCUUCACCAACUUCGACAUCACCCCCGCCGGGCUCCCGGGCAACGACGACCAGGCGGCGAUGGCGACCCUGCUCGUCUUCCACCUGCUCGGGCUCUACCCCGUCCCGUCCACGUCCCAGUACCUCGUCCUUUCGCCCUUCACGCCCUCGUACACGAUCCACAACUCGUACCUCAACACGUCCACGACGGUCACCACGCGCGGCUUCGAUCCCAAGUCGGUCGCGAACCCGAUCCCCGAUGGCGCGGCGGCCUACGUCAAGAGCGUCUCCGUGAACGGCGUCGAGCUCGCGAACCGCUGCCACUUCGACUUCUACGACACCUUCCGCAUCGGCGGCGAGAUCGUCAUCGAGGUCACCGCGGACAAGGACGAGGGCAACAGCUGCGGCAACAGCGUGCCCGAGUCGAUCUCGACCGGCGGGUUCGCGAGUGCGAGGUAG